AUGAGCAGAGUGCGCGUCUCUGUUGAGUGGCGCUACGGGCAGGUUGUGAUGUAUUGGACGGCUCUCGACUUCAAACGACAGGCUCGGUCCGGCACUCAGCCAGUCGGCACGAUGUAUCGCUUCACGUGUACCUGGUCUGAGGGGACGAAGUACUCAGUUAAGAAGCAAGAUUUAUCUCCACUCUCCAUCCGCACUAGUACGGAGAACGACGGCCCUAGAGCGAAGAAGAAGAUGAAACAGGAACACGAGAUUGGAGAAAGGCAGCGGCGUGCUACUGAUGAGAAAGCCAAGACUGCGCAGGAAAACAAGACUCCCGCUGUAAACUAA